CAGAGAGACGAAUUCGCCCAGGCGGUGAAACUGACGCACCGAGAGCGGCGGUUCAUCAACUUCGCCUCCGUCGAGUAUGCGGGGCAGCUCUACAUGACCCCCCAGGAUUUCCUCGAUUCCGUCACGGAAGCCGAGCCCAGACCAAGGGUGAGGCGGCGGGUGCUCACCAUGGAGGAGAUCGAGGAGAUGAGAGUCGCGACUCCUUCGUUGAGACAUAGCAACACUCGGUUCUUCCGCACCGUCUGCUCAAAAGGGAUCAUCUCGUACACGGAGUACCUUUUCCUUCUUUCCAUUCUCACGAAGCCGGCGUCAGGAUUCCAGAUUGCCUUCAACAUGUUCGACACCGACGGAAACAAGAGAGUGGACAUGCCCGAAUUCCUCGUGCUGCAGGGCUUGCUGACGGAAGCCCUUUACGAAAAGAUGGACGACCGAGAGCUGGACGACGCCACUCGUCGAGCCCUGGAAAGGAUCUUCAGCCUGACGCGGCUGAGCAAGCAGCGGGAGGCGCAGGAGCGGCUGGCGAAGAAGGGGAUCGCGGUGGGGCCCGAGGGCGGGGGGUCGCACCUGGACCAGGCGGCCCGGCUCCUCUCCCGGGCGGAGUCCGUCCCCACCACGCUCCUCGUGCAUUUCUUCGGGAGGGGCGGGAAGGGGGAGCUCACCUUCGACGAUUUCAAGAAGUUCAUGGAGAACCUGCAGACGGAGGUGCUGGAGCUGGAGUUCCAGGAAUACUCGCGGGGCCGGGAGGUGAUCUCGGAGACGGACUUCGCCCGCAUCCUCCUCCGCUACACCUCCUUCCACUCCAACCAGUACGGUGCCGCGCUCGGCCCUGAUGAGUUCCAGCGAGCGGUGAAGAUCUGCACGGGGGAGACGCUGAGCCGGCACCUGGUGAACGUCGUCUUCCAGAUCUUCGACGAGGACGGGGACGGGCAGCUGAGCUACAAGGAGUUCAUCGCCAUCAUGAAGGAUCGGCUCCACCGCGGCUUUCACGGUCAACAACGAGCAAGGGAAUGGAAAGUCUUGAUUGGAAUUCCUCCAGUAGAUGAACAUGAACUCCAUGAUCUUCGGUUGGCACCGGAGACUUCUCUGACACUCAGGGAUAUGCAAGAUUGCCUCUUGCAACUAUCUCUCUUCCUUUCUCUCAACAUGCAGGAAACAACCUACAACAAAUGGAUCCAGCAUUCCUCAAUCUGGGAUGCAGUUGGGAAAAUGUACUCUGUGCUUAUCAUUAACAUGGUCUAA